AGAGGGGUGUAGUGUAUGGAGGAGGAGAUGGAGCAGAAAGAAAUGCAUUUCAACCACUCCACCCCCCAAAUUUCACCUCUCAACCCCAAGCCUGGAUUUCCUGGUUACUAUGCACUCAUCCCGUUCGUACUACUCAUACUGAUUGGAUGUAUGGUGGCAGUGGUUGUGUAUAUUAGGAGGAAAUCAAGACUAAAUGAGCUACGCCACAGGUUGAUUCCUCUGUACAGCUACGACCCCGCAGAAGACCAAGACUGGAAGGACGCUGGCAGGGAGGAUGAGGAGGAAGAGCUGGCUGAGCCUUUGAUCAAGGAGGGCCGACAAAACCUCACAAGCUCUGGAUGCUUUUACAUACAGGAAGAUGGGAUCACAAAGACAGAACAGGACGUCCAUCAGUUGGGACAACACCGGUUCCUGACCGCCAUCUUGUUGGCUACGGCUCUGGUCCUCCCAGCUCUAACUCUGGACACCCUGCUAUGUUACUACUGUCCUCUGCAGCACAAAGGCAAGUCCUGCGCCAACACCACCAGCCAGUGUCUGCCUGAGCAGCGCUGCUCCAGCUCCCGAGGUCACUACGGCUCCAUCCACAUCCUGUCCGCUCAGGGCUGCGUGGACAGUGAGUUCUGUGGUUCCCACGAAAUCAUCUCUCAUUUGGGGGUCAAGUACAAUGUCAGCCACACCUGCUGCUGCAAAGACAAAUGUAACGGCACGCCAAAGUCUGACGCCGGCCUAAAGAAGCUGCUGGGGAUGACCAAGGACGAGUCAGAUUACACCAACAUCACUAAUGGUCUCAGAGAGGAGCCUUGGGAUUCAUGUGCAAAUUACACAUCAUUACGGACCGCCACAUUACCUGCCUCUGCAUAAAAGGAGUACUUGUAGGAGACCAGGGAAGGCCUGUUAGUCAUAGGUACUGACCUGUGUCUCCAAAAGAUAACUGACAUAAGUUGCGUCAAAUGUUGUUACUGUGAUGACUGGUGUUUGGCUUAAACGAGUGUGUAAAUGAUGAGCGUUUUGUGUGAUAACAUUUUUGCUCCAGAGAGAAAGAGGUGGUGCUAUGAGCCAUCCUCCUGGUAGAUUUCAAAGAAUAAAUGCUCCUUUUUAAAAAAGAGGAGAAACAAUGCUGACAUUAUCCGUGUGGUUACUGAUGAAGGCAGCACAAUAAAAGCAAUAAUGAUUAAACUCC